GGGAGAGCUGUGCCACGGAGAAGGUAGUCAUCAUCACAGCCAACGGUAGCGCGGUGCAACAACUGAGUGAGAAUGCACAAGGUAGCAAGCUCCACAUCAGAUCAAGCAGACACGAGAAGUUCGCUUAUAUCGUUGAUAAGGCUGAACCGGGGCACGAAGCGUUCCUGGGGGACACGGGGGCGUUCCUGGAAGCGUUCCUGACGGAGCGCGCUAGCUUCCCAUUCGGCCCGAGAGCGGCCCCAAACUCCAACAUCGCGACACGCUCUCACAGCCUGGCUGACCACCACCGCCAGCACGCUGUCGUCCUCCUUCACCUCCCGUGCCGCCCCGAUUCCCCCCUCCGACUCAAUCGACGCGUGGCUGGAGUGUCUGACGCGGGCCUCUCACCCAGGACACUCCCCGCGAUGCACCAUAGAGAACACCAUGGCCGACGUUGAAGAUGCGCCCACGAUCCCCGCGCCCACGCCCAACCCCGAUGCGCAGACGACUGUCAACGACUUCCUCGACUACACCGAGUUCUACCCGUCGGACCUGGUGCGCAGCCUGACGCUGAUCGGCGACCUCGAUGCGACGUAUGCGGAUGCGGUGCAGCAGGUGCACGAGCUGACGUCGCUGUACUGCAAGCUGCCCUCGCUGCCGGAGAGGGAGCGCACCGACCCGGCUCUCCUGCGCAAGCAGAUCGCGCAGCAGCUGCAAAAGGCCAUCAACCAGCGCGAGUAUGCAUUUACAGAGGCAGCGCGGCUGUACGAGGUGACGGUGCGCCACUGCCAGCGCUCGUCGAUCAUCAAGCGCAAGCUGCAGGCCCAGCCAGAGCCCCCGUCGCGCGACCCGACGCCGCCGCCAGUCUCGCCGCAGGCCCUCAAGCGCAGCUACGACCGCCCCCGCCUGCACCUCACCUUCGACGGCGGCCGCAACAAGCACCAGACGUCGGCUGUCCCUCUCCCGCGCGGCCGAUCACGGGCUCACAGCACAUCCUCCUCAGACGAGUCUGAUGGCGGCCGCCGGACCGACCACGCCGAGCGCCCCAGAAAGGCGCAGACAUACAAGGACCGCUCGCAGAAGCCUCGCCCGCGCGCUCCUGGCGUGGCCGGCACGAACGUCCACAGCUCGAUUGCCGGCAUCUCCACCAGCAAUGCCCUCGCCAAGCUGUCGCCGCCGCCGCCCGAUGCGCGGCCAGGUAGCAAGUGGGCGCCCUGGAUGAAGCUGACGGAGUACGAGAUGGCCGUGCUUAGGAAGCAGAUGAAGAAGAACGCCGUGUGGACGCCCAGCCUCACCAUGGUGAACCGCGAGCUGGAGCGGAAGCACCGCACCAAGGGCGACUACGAGCGCGAGAAGGCGCGCUGCGAGGCCGCUGGCGAGGACCUGCUGGACGAGGAGCCCGAGACGCUGCUGCAAAUAGCCACUGCCCAGGGUGUCGAUGAUCCGGCCUUGGCAGCGACUGCGAACGCAGCAAAGGGACUGACUGCGCCCAGUGAGGCUGUGCCUGCGAGAGACGAAAGCGUAGAAGCCACCGAAGGCAAGUCAUCUGACCGUGAUACACGGCGAAAGAAGGCUAUGCGCCAGCUGCAAGCUCUCGAAGAUGCCACCAAGACAAUCCAGAAUGCCGCCGACGGCCUCAAGGAACUCACAUUCUCAGCCCAUGCUGUCCCAACACCGCCCACCUCCGCGCAAAGGAAGAAGUCGACUGCGCGGCCGGUUACGAGCAAGCGGAAGCGGGACACCACUCCACCACCGAAUGUCGAGAGCCCCACAGAACCGAGCAAGGAGCCGGAAGCAGCAGAGAAGGAUACAACCACACAGGAGCCUGAACCAAAGCGUCCGCGGCUGCAGCUCAUCGCCCCAGCCCCACCGCCUGACCACACACCGUCGACGCCAGCACCACCCUCGGCAGACACACACCCGCCCAAAGACCUGGACACGCCUGUUGCGCUCUCACCUGCAGCCCAGACCCCUACACCUUUGCCAGAGAGAAUCACAAACACCGUUCAGGUACCACUCGCACCUGCUGGCCCCAGCACGCCCAAGGUCAACAAGCCUGAAUCCAGGGCGGCUAGUCGAGAAGCUACGCCUGUUCAGCCAUCAUCUACGGAGCCAAAGAGGUCUUCACCAAUUGUUGCUCUCACAGCACUCGAGCAGGCACCUGCGCCGCCCACCACGACAGCGAUUUUCACACGGUCACGGCGCGAGUCGGUCGCAUCCAAGAACUCAAGUCCGCCGCCAGCGGAGCCUUCGAAGCCAACGCGGUCUAAUACGCCUAUGCUCGAGCGAGCCGCAUCACCUGAACCUGCCGUCGCGUUACGUCCCCGCUCGGCUCGCGGCCACAUCCCAACACCGAAGGCACAGAGCGAGGAGCCAACGCCCAACGAAUCAGGUCGGCCAAUCCGCGAUACGCGCCGACACAGCAUUUUCAGUCAAUCUGCACUCACCGCACCUGCUCCCACUCGUGUGAGCUCGCGUAGGAAGCCGCCACCGAAGGGCGAGGUGACGUCUGCCGAGAACGGACAAAAGACAGUUACGAACGUCAAGCGAUCACAGGGUAGCAAGAACAACAAGAAGAAGAAGCCCGAAGACCAGCCUGGACUCGUUGAAGAAGUCGACUCGGACGAGGAGAGGUACUGUAUCUGCGACGAUGUCAGCUACGGCCAGAUGAUCUCAUGCGACAACAAUGUCAGGUACUCCUCAACCCUUCAACAUGCGCUUCCUAACGGUUUGCAGUGCGACAAAGAGUGGUUCCACUUCGAAUGCGUCGGCAUGACCCAGAUGCCUGCACGCCGUGCCAAAUGGUAUUGUCCAGAUUGCCGCGAGAAGCUGGGCACCGAUGCAUUUGGCAACGCCAAGGUGCCUCCCGCGCUGCCAGGUCGCAGCCGCGGUAACAGGUAGGUCCUCCUCUUCUCCUGCGCCGACGGCAUACUGAAUUCUAGAGGGGAUGGAGUACUUAGGGGCGCAUAGGUCUGGGUGAGCGAUGGGAGGGAAGCGGGCGCAAAGGCGUUACAUCAUUCGAUACCCUGUUUGGACAUGUG